AUGGCUCAUGUGCAAAGAAAAUUCAGCUGGUGUGAUCAUUUAAAUUUAACCUGGAGAACUGAAAAAAGUCACUUACUUUAUGAAAGAUCAUCCGUUGAACUCUUGUAUCAGAAGCUUUUGAAAAACUUGGAAGUCACCGAAGUACAAAAAAAUGUCCUGUAUGAAAAUGUUCCAUGUAUACAUGUUGUGACAAUUCCCCAUGAUGAGAUUAAAAAGGUCACGUAUUUAUUUUUGAAAUGUCAGGGUGCUCUAAUGUUUGCAUUAAGUAGGCAAUCAGCUUGUUCAACACUAAUGGAGAAACACUUGGCAGUAUUAAAUCGCAUGCUUCAUGCAGACUCACUUCUCUACCAAAACAGAACCACCAGCUUGUUUGAGAUACACAAGCCUAAGAAAAACUUUUCCACUCCAUCUAACGGUCAAGCUAGAUCCACUCUUUUUGUAAACAAUCCUUUUUUGGAAUUCAGCAUAAAAACUGGCUUAUCGAUGGUUUUUUCUUUGUUGAGAGAGAAUUGGGUUAUAGACAAAUCUCUGAGAACCUUGUUACCAAAUUAUAAUAAAAACAGUAUGAGUUGUGGUGUUUUACAAGCAGCAGUGAAUGCUGUAUCCGCAAUGCCCCCACUAAGCUUAUCAGAUGACAAUCUGCUGACUGAGUUAGGGGUUUAUUCCCUUAAUGAAAUAUUGAAAUUUCUCAAGUCUUCCUGUCAUGAUAUGUCUGAAUUAAAUAAAAAUGGCCAGAGGUUGGCUUGUGAAUUAAUGCUGCUCAUGUGCCUGAAACGUGGUCAUCUAUGUGGCAUGUUGGAUUGGAUCCAAACUGUUCUCUUGAUGUUUCAUCAUCCCGAUUUAACUGACGUGGCUGAUCUAAGCAUCUCUCACCAUCAAUUUACAAAUAUUUUAAAUGAGAUGGCCCAAAUUGUUUCUGAUGCUGUUAAAAUGAUAAUAAUGUUAACUUUUAAUCAAACCCAGCUCUCCUUGCUGGCAAAUGAAUGCAUCAGCUCAGCAACAACAAAAUCCAUCCUUGCGACUUCAAACAAAACAAAACUGCCAGAUUGUAGUACUAGUGGUUCAGCGGUGAGUCAUGAAUCACAGAAUUGCACAGAUGUUUAUGCAUGGGGUAGCAACAACAGCUACCAGUUAGGGGAGGGAAGCCAGGAUAAAGUUCUUGUGCCGAGGCUGUCUGCUGUCUUCUCUGCUGGUGUGAUUGAAAUAGAAGCAGGGCAAUACUGUACAUUUGUGAUCAACAAAGAUGGUUCAAUGAUGACAUGUGGUAAGAAUACAUUUGGAAGAUUGGGUCUUGGACCAUCCAGUGCAUUAAACUCUAAUCCUAUGCAACAAUCUCACAUUCAGCCAAAGUUCAAAAAGGUCAGUUCGUCAAAAGGUACAGAUGGACAUACAUUGGCCCUGAGCAUUGAUGGCACAGUUUACAGCUGGGGAGAUGGUAAUGGAGGUAAGUUGGGUCAUGGAGACAAUGUCACAGUUUAUUCUCCAAAGCUCAUUGCUGGUCCACUACUUGGGAAGGUGGUGUUAUGUGUGUCUGCUGGGUACAGACAUAGUGCCGUUGUUACUACAGAUGGAGAACUGUACACGUGGGGUGAUGGAGAACAUGGAAAGUUAGGUCUUGGAGAUGUCCUGCAUAGAAAUGUACCUACACUGGUUCAUGAUGUGAAACUUGCGUCACAAGUCUGUUGUGGCAGUUCGCAUACACUGGCUCUCUCUCAAGAGGGAUGGGUGGUCUGGUCUUUCGGAGAUGGAGCAAAUGGUAAAUUGGGACAUGGGGAUGUGGCUAGAUUGUUGAAACCUAAAAUCAUCGAACAUCUAAGGGGCAUACACAUGAAAAUGCUGGCAGCCACUUGCCAGUCAUCACUAGCUUUAACUUCAGCUGGCAAACUUUUCUCUUGGGGUUCAGGGUCAUGUGUUGGAGUAGGCACGGAAGGGUUGAUGUUAGGACCAACUAUUAUUUCAACAUUACAACAUGUUUGUGUGGUUGAUAUAUCUGCUGGAGAUUCUCAUUGUUUGGCUGUUACAAAAGAAGGUGACGUGUAUGCCUGGGGAACGAACACAAUGUUUCAAUGUGGCAUCAGUGUGAACAAAGGACCGCUAGACAGCCCUCAAAAAUUGCCUUCACUCAGUUCACUCGGACUCAACAGAGUAUCUGCUGGCACUUCUCAUUGUUUUGCUUGGUCCACUCCACAAGGGAAUAAAAAGAGCAACGUUGUGUUACCUACAUUAUGCGUCGAUCUUCACGAGACGACAUUUCAUCAGUUUGAACUACUCAUUGACAAAUUCAUGAGGAAAUUGGAUGACAGCCAGCCCAUGCUACCUUUCGUUAACAAAAAUGAUGAGGAGAACUUUGCUGUGAACUGUUUAGACCUGCUACGAACGCACUUUUUGUUCAUGAUGUCGAGGAAUGAUGAUGAAGAUGUGAUGGAGCACCAUGCACACAACAUCAGACAGCUCCUAUUCGACCUAAUUGAUAAAGAACUGUCACAGCUUGCCUUUGAUAAUGUUUGGUUGACUUUGACCAUGGGUUCGCCAUUAUUACUUCCUCCAUUGUCAACUAGAUUGCAAUUAAUUGAUAAGUUGCUUAGAGGGGAGGACCAAGUUUGGCAAAAAAUAUCCAAGGGAAAGAGGAUCCAACUAGAGAUCUUAUUGAAGAGUUUGAACAACAGCAGCUCUUUAUCAACUUUGCUUGGCUUCUCAACUAUUCACUCUUCAUCGUCACCAUCUGAAGUUCUCACUCCUACUGGAAAUUUUAUGGAAAUUAUUUUGUUCAACAUUCAGCAAUAUUCCGUGAGUCAUUGA